AUGUCUACAAAGCUAUCAGAGUAUACUGCAGGUUAUCAUGAGAUACCACAUACUUUAUCUGAUACAGAAAGCAACAUCAAUAAUGAUGAAACUUCUGAACAAUCAUUAGAAGAAAUUUCUAAAACUGGCUUUAAAAUCCUUCCCAUAGAAAUUGAGUCAAUUUCUAGUCAAAAUAAUAUUUCGUCUACUAAUCCUUCAAUUAUACAAAAUCCACUUGUUUCAAUUCAUUAUUGUUAUUUUAAAGGUCAUGAAUCACGUAUAAAUAUCUGUGAUAAUUCGUCUAUCCUCCCAGCAGAAAGAACACUUUUCAUUACGAAUUUACCAAUAGAUACAACUGAACGACAUAUUAAGCAUAUAUUUGAAGAAUGUGGUAUAAUCGACCGAAUUUUAUUUCAUGGUAUAUUAAAGAAUAAUGAAUUUUCAGCAACUAUUGAAAGUUCAAUAUUAGAAGGAUCAAGAAAUAUACUAUUCCCGGGCUCAACAGCACAUAUAGUGUUUAAAGAUUCUGGAGGAUUAAAAAAUGCACUUCAUAUGACACAAAAAAAGAGGAUAUGGAAUGUUAAAGAUCAUGAUAUUCCUCCAUUGGGCUUGAAGAGAUGGUUGCAAGAAUAUCAAAAACUUCGCAUGGAUCCCAAUAAACUAAGUGCACAAAUUAAUGAAUACAUGCAAAAUUUUGAGGAAGCAGAACAAGAGAAAAUUAAAGCCUUGGAAGCAAGACGUAAUCAACCUGAUGAAGAUGGAUUUAUCUUGGUUACUGGAACAGGAAAGAGAAACAUCAAUACUGAUGGUACUAUCACAGUAACAGCAGCUAAGGCAGAAGUUGUGAAAAAUUUAAAACCGAAAAACAAGGGAUUGGUAGACUUUUAUCGCUUUCAAAUGCGAGAAGCUAAACGUGAAAAACUUAUUGAACUGCGUAAGAAAUUUGAAGAUGACAAACGAAAAAUUGCUGAUCUUAAAGCAGCUAGGCGAUUCAAACCUUACUGA